AUGGAUAAAAACUCAGAAGACCUGGAUAUAAGUGACAGAGAACUCUUAGAAGAAGAUGAUGACGCAAAUCUUGACGAAGAACAAAUCAGACUGCAAUCAAUUUUAGAAAGAGCUACAGAAGAGCAAAGGGACAGAUAUGAAGUCAUGCACGAGACUUAUUUAUGAAGUCCUACGAUAAGUGCUUCGAAUGAAAAGCUAGAAAGAAUUGUCGCUGGGAUUAUUGGGGGGACUCCACAAAAAGAUAUUUUAUCAGCUGUAGCGGCGGCUGCAAAAAUUUAUGUAGGAGAGUUGGUGGAAGAAGCGCUAGAAGUAGCCAAAAUUAAUGGAGAUGUAGGCUGCUUGGCAACUAAUCACGUUCAAGAGGCGAGGAGAAGACUGAAAAAGAUAUCGAAAAGAAUUUUGUAA